UUGUUUCUCCGCAGUCCCAUACACGACUUCACAUAAUGUAGCUGCAUGUCGGGUGUAUAGUCCUUCAACCAAAAAGAAUUUUUUUUUUUAAUAUAAAAAUUGUUUGUGAUAAUAACAAAAUAAGUUUUUUUUUAUUAUUUGUUUGUGCACACCAAGACAAUUGGUAAACAGACUUUAUGGCUGCCAAUUCAUGAAUCGAACAACAACCAAAAACAAUCAGAAUUUUGUGCACUUUCGCAGAUAGUGGUCUGUCUAUCUCACUGGUGAAUGAAGUUUUUUUUCUUUAAAUAAUAAUUUUGAUGUUUUUACUUUCAUUAGAACUCUUUGUUGUGUUUAUGGAAAGAAGAAAAAAUGAGUUGAUGCAAUGAUGAAUCAUAUAUUGUGAGUUAUACGAGACGUGUAGGUACAGGAAAUGAUUUAAUACGCCUACAAUUUGUUACCAAAUCUUAACUUAAGUUAGAAAACAAGUUAGUCAAACCCGUAAAGUUUUAUAGUUAAUCGGACAGCCAGUUGUUGGUUAAUAUAAAUAUUAUACGUUCACUUCCACGAAAAUACUCUCCAGUGUGGAUACCGAAAAAGAAAAAACAAAAAAAAUUUUGUUCAAUGCGGUUUCAUCACAGAUUCAGUGAUGUUAAUCGGUGCGUGUACAACACAAUAAUAGUGUGACUAAAAUACAAAUAAUAAUGAAAUUGCUUUUAACUGGUUGAAAACUAUGACGUGAAUUUUAUACAUUAAACAAAACGAAACGAAACGAAACAAAAUAAGAAACAACAACCCCAGACCUGGGCGUGAUAGCAUGGUACUGUUUAGACUUAAGCUGAGAACAAAAACAAAACAUUGUGGUUAAGAUCGGGUCGUAAUUUUAUCAACCGCGUGUAACAUGUUGUUAUUGAGUGCAAUGGCACUUGGUCUGGUGGUGGAGUCCACCAAGACAAGUACUGAUCUAAAAGUUACACGCGAUACGGAUCUGUUAGGAAACGAAACCCACAAAUCAACUGGACCGGUAGAUUGGACGAUUGAACACUGUGCAUUGUGGCACCGACCCAAUCAUCUGUAUUACCAGUUGGGCAAUGCGUUCUUUUUUUUAGCUUUUGUUGCGCCGCAUGGUUCUUAUGGAAUGUUAUGGUUGCGGUGCUCACUGGUGGUUGGAUGCAUAUUGCUAACGAUGUGGGGAUGGAUUAUUGAAUGUUCUGCUGAUGUGGUUUUAUGGAGUAGCAUUUUUCUAGCAACGAAUUUAGUAUAUCUAGUUGUACUGUUGUGUCGACUCCGACCAGUUCGAUUUGAAAAAGAAAUUGAGUCGAUAUACUCAUCACUGUUUCAACCACUCCGCGUUUCUCGCUAUCAAUUUAAGAAGAUCCUAAGCUGUAUGAAGCUUAUCAGAUCCCUGAGAUACCAGGAAGUGUAUGCACAAGAAAAGGUUUCAAAAAUCGACAGUCUGUCACUGGUUUUAUCGGGAAAGCUGGUCGUGUCACAAAAUCAAAAAGCUUUACACAUCGUCUUUUCAAAUCAAUUCCUCGAUUCGCCGGAAUGGUUCGGUGUGUCGACUGAUGACUUUUCACAAGUUUCAAUUACUGCGAUUGAAGAUUCGCGGAUUUUAAUCUGGCAUCGUGACAAACUGAAACUUUCUAUCAUGGAAGAACCGUUUCUACAAACCGUAUUUGAUCAUAUUUUAAGCAGAGAUGUAGUGAAGAAGUUGAUGCAGGUCACCCAGGUAAGCGAAACCAUGGCCGCCAGCAAUGGAUUUCUUCCUGGAGAAUACGAUGAUAUGAAAGAUAAACCAAUGAUGUUGAUGAAAAAAGGCUCGUCAGAUGGUCAUGGCAUCACAGCGCUAAUUAGUCGACAACUUCAAGCCCUGCCUAGGAUAUCCAAAUAUUAUUAUUGUGUAGGUAAUCCGAACGCAUGGCGGCUGGGCCGAAUAGAUGAAUUAGACCACGAAACAGCCGUUUAAUCCAAAUAAAAAUAAAACAAAAAAUUUAUAUUUUUUAAAAUAACAGAAAAAAAACUGAUUUUACUUUCCAAACAUUUGUUAAUCAGAAUGAUGUUUCAGUAUAUUGUAUGUAUAAAAUAAGAUAAUAAAACAAUGAUCAAAGUGUAACUCUAAUUAAAGUUGUUUAAACAAAAUAAAACUUUUUGUAAAAUAUUUAAUAGGAAAAUAUUUAAAGAAAAUGGAAGAUAAUUUUAUUGUGUAUAAGAGAAAAGCAUAAUUUCUGUUUUACCACCGGGUACCAUUGAAAAAAAAAAUUCUAUGAAGAAAUAUAUAAAUGUAAAGAAGACAACAAAAAAUUACAAGAACAUGUUCACUACAUAUAUAGACACAGCCUCAACAAUAGUGCAUUACAUAAUCUAUGGGACAAAUCAGCUGUCAGCUGGGCAGCUGUCACUACGUUCACUCAUGCUUGCAGUGCGUUGGACGAAUGAUUGAAAAUGGUAGAUUCUUGCGUAAAAUUUGUUCAUUCGAGCUAACACCACCAUUUUCAACAUUCAGCCCCCCCCAUUUGGAAAUUUAUUUUAAUUUACUGAGUUACGAGAGUGGAAGUUUAACGCUGCGAAAUGGCAUUAAACUUCACGUAACGUUGUUGAGUGAAAUAUAAAGAAAAAAAAAAUGAUUCACAACCGAACGCGCAAGAAUGGACUGCUAUUUUGUUCGUUAGUUUGUUUUUCAUUUGUUUCAAUUUUUAGAUAGUUCAAAAUUUAAACAACACAUUUUGGUACCUGUACUAAUUCUAAACUGAUAAAUGGGAAAAAAAUAUAAAAUGAAAAUGAAAAAA